AUGCCACCUUUGUAUCCGACCUUUGGUAUAACUAAUGCCAUUAAACAAAUAUCCCAAUUUCAGUCACCACCUGCAGUAACAUCACAAUUGCAGUCACCACCUGCAGUAAUAUCACAAUUGCAGUUGCUAUUUGCAGUAAUAUUACAAUUGCAGUCACCACUUGCAAUAACAUAUCCAGGUUCAAUUCCAAGCCUUCGAGAAUUUUUUGAAGCAUUAGAUGGAAAUUAUAAUGAUAAUGGAGCUUAUAAGAAUUUAAUAGAAGCAUUUGAAAAGGAGAAUGUUACUAUAAAUGGUAUUAAGAACUUAAAUAAAUCAGAAUUACUUAAGUUAGAAGUAACCAAAAUCAG